AGUAUUGGAGGAAUAUGUAUUCGCUCAAAAAAAGAUUUCCAUUAAUGGGAACAUCAUUCCAUUCAUGUCAAGGAAAUCAGCUCCCACCUAAACAAGAGGGCAUCCUCUCAACCAGCCUUUUAGUGUGUGUUGCACGAUGCUCGGGCUGUGUAAGAGAACUUCAGACUCUAGAGGUCUCUAUCCUUCAGCAUCCCCUCAUCAUCCACCUAUUCGCCCUCCUCCUCCCUCCUCCCUCCCUCCUCCUCCUCCUCCUCCUCCUCCUCCUCCUCCUCUUUGGCAUUUUGUGCAGCGGAGGAGGGAAGGAGGAGAUACUGCUGAGGAGGAGACAGAGGGGACCCGGAGACAACACGUCCCACGCCAGCAGCCAGACAGCCAGGGAACUUUGAUCUGACGCCAAGUAUCCUGAGCCCUGAAACUGACGAUGAAGAGGAAGAGCCACGUUUCUUGUUCCGCUCCUCGGGAGGCUUAGAUAGAGAUAUGUCGGCCGCGUUCAACAUAUAGUGUCCUUGGACUCUCGUGCUCUCUGAAGAUUUAUUUCCUCCGAUUUCGCUCCCUCUUAUUCGCCGAUGCUGCCGCUUCGGCCAGCCGAAUGCGCGUGAACGGCAGCCCGAGCGCAUUGUUUUCCAGCUCCGUUGCUUUAUGGGAUUUCCAGCCGUGAUGUCUGCAAUAUUCGGCUCUUUGUUUCUGGUUCUAUUCAGCCUGCUGUCAGUGGGUGCCCAGACUGAGAUGAAGAAGGUCGUUGGGGACAAUGCCACCUUACCAUGCCACCACCAGUUCCCAUCAUCCAGCUCUCUCGACAUUGAGUGGCUACUGCAGAAACCAAACUCCAAACAGAAAGUGAUCAUCACCUUCUUUGGGGGCCAGGUGUACACCAACGAGGCGACGAGCAGCGAGGCGAGCCGCCUGUCCUUCGCUGGGGAGUACCUGGGCGGAGACGCCUCCCUGCUCAUCAGUGACCUGCUGCUGACCGACUCUGGGGAAUACUAUUGUAAAGUCAAGACUGGGGGGAAGUACCACUGGAGCCAGGUCAACCUCAUUGUGCUGGUCAAACCCUCCAAGCCGAGAUGCUGGAUGGAUGGCAAACUCUUGGAGGGCAGUGACGUCAAGCUGAGCUGCAAGUCCAGCGAUGGUUCUGACCCCAUCAACUACAAGUGGGAGCGAGUGCUGGACAAAGGCAAGAGUCUGGGCAAGUUGCCAAACCUGGCACUGAUAGAUCUCAAGAACCCGGAGCUUGUGACCCUGAGGAAUCUCACCAUGGACAGCACAGGAGUCUACAGGUGCACGGCGAGCAAUGACGUGGGCGAGGAAAACUGCACCGUCGAGGUCACGAUGCAACACGUGAAGGAUGUCGGUAUGGUAGCCGGUGCAGUGGUGGGAAUAUCCCUCGGUGUCCUCAUUGUCAUAUUAAUCAUCUGGCUCGUCUUCCGCAAGAAAGAGAAGAAGAAGUACGAGGAGGAGGAGACUCCAAAUGAGAUCAGGGAGGAUGCGGAGGCUCCCAAGGCCAAGCUGGUGAAGCCCAACUCCCUCUCCUCGUCCCGAUCCGGCAGCUCACGCUCCGGUGCCUCCUCCACCCAGUCCAUGGUGCACAACAGCGCCCAGCGUGGCCACCGCCCCCGCCCACCUGCUGUCGCAGCUCUCAAGGAAAAUGGACAGCCUCCAGGCUUCCCCCAGUCCCCUCCAGCCUACACUUCAGUGGUGCCCAAGACCCCCGAGCCCCCUGCCACACCCAAAUACAACUCCAGGAACAUGUCUGGGCCCACACCCCCAACCCUCAUGGUCCCUGCCCAGACCAAGGCCUUUCAGACUGUGUAGGACUGAAAGCCAACCACUUCCUGCAGCCGUGUGAGACUCCCAUCCCAGCCCGAGCCCCCCUAGCCCCCUCCCAAAGACUAAGACUCUUCCAUAAACAAAGAAAUGCAACUAGUUAAAAGGAUGUAAUUAAAAGAAUCAAUACUUUAAGUCCAAAAAGUACUUUAAAUGAAUGCAUACUUUAAAAAAGGGAAAAUAUGACAUGCUUGCCCCCUUCUGAAUUACGUAAAACAACAAAAGAAAAGAAAAAACAUGACCUGAGAUGCAACGCUGUUUGUGUCUCAUCCCUGAAGGCAGAGCUUUUUUUUCUGAGUUCCGUCUUUUGGCUUUCGAAGGCACAGGGAAGCACCGCGGUGGAAGGAGCCCCCUACAGUAGUAGAGCUUUUAUUUAUUCAUCAAAUCAAAGGUUUAGGCAUGCAGUGGGGGGAAGGGGAGGGUGGGGGAGGGGGACAGAGACAGUAAAAGCUGGAUGAUGAAGUAGAUCCAAAACUCGGAGCCAGAUACCAAUGGAGUCAUGCAGCUGUUGAGCUUUUUUGGUUGCCGACGAAUACAAGAUGGAUACAAGCGGGACGGAAACAAGGAGGAAGAGAGAGUGCAAGAGCGUAAGACAGCUGCUGAUCUCUUUUCUCUCUCUCUCUCACUGGGAGGAGGAGAGGUGGGCGUGGGGGGGUGAUUCUCUGAUUCAUGUCACCCUGCACCUCCGACUCGCCGCCUCCAGCACCUGCUCUGAAACCACAAACCCCUUUUGCCUCCCGUGGGCCCGGACCGAUUGCGCCCAUCCGCGUGGACGGACACAGCGUGUGUGUGUGUGUGUGUGUGUGGCGUGUACAUCAUCUGCCUCAGUGCUCUCGGUCUUCCGUGCUCUCGUAACGAACCCGUUGAGAAACCACAGCGGUCUUGAGACUGACUCAGCUGGCUCCCAAAACAGCUCAUCUGCUCUGCCAAUCAGCAGGUGAAACUUCAGGUGCACGGAUGUAGCAUUGACAGUGGAGCCAAUCAGUGGAAUUGAUACCCCUCCUCCCCCUCCCACAUCCUGUCUACGUCUGUGGACAUCCUUUUAUGGAACUGAAUAUCUUUCCUGAAUAAUUAAAUAGUAUGUAUUAGGCCUAUAGCGUGUCAAUACUUUAAAUAUAGGGGAUAAGCAUCUAUUAGACCAGCUGGACUUGUUUUUCUUUUCUUUUCUGUUCUCAUGUGUUUUCUUCUCUCUGAACCGGUUGUAAAGGGUGACAGACAGCUAUAUGUCUAUUCAUCCAUAUUAAGAAGUGCCACCAAUCCCUAGGAUGGGUCAUUAUCGUUGCUUUGAUUUUUGUUUACUCUUUUGUUUACCUGCUACACGUGUGAACUGAAACCAAAAUCUAUCACCAUGAAUGUGUGAUGGUACGAAGAUGGCGGAUCCCAUUCUCUUCAGCUCCCUCAGAAGGUACCGAAUCAAUAUCCGAGCUAAGGCACAAAGAAUUGACCUCGACAUUCAAUUUUACAAUUACUAUGUCUGAAUGCAGGGGAGCGAGGAGUAUGAUUCUCGAGACUGCAAUUGUAUAGGGUGUGUAUGGUAUCAUUGUCAGUACUCUCCACCGGAUCCAUAACAAUGGAGUGGCACUCGAUUGCCGUCUCGCCGAAUCACCGGGACCUGCUUGGUCAUUGGUCGAGCAGCGCUAUCAGCCAACUUCCCUUUUUUGUCGCCUCCUCAGACGGACCCAGUGCAGUUUGAUUGAAAGUUAAAAAAAUAAAUAAAAAUUUUUUUAAAAAGGGGCAAGUAGCCUAUAUAGUGUGCCUUUGCAAUCCCUCUUCUCUUCUGGUUUCUGUCUUUGUCCUUAUCGUCAAGCGCACCGGUGGUUCAGUCCCCGUUCACGUCUUCACGCUUUGAGCAAAUGCUGAGAAGGUUCAACUUCACGAAACUUGGCCCCCGACGCAGAACAAUAGGGAGCACCGAGCAGAGUGAAUGAUCCACGGUGAGAACGCAAUCCCAUGCCAUGGGACACUGUACUGUACAUCCUGUCAUCGGUCUCGUUUUAUAUUGUACAUACAGAUGGAUAUACGCACAUGAUGUCAUUUAAUUUAAUAAAUACAGGCGUGUGAGGGUAGAUGUACCCCUUACGAGUCAAAUAGGAAACCCCCAAAGUGAAUUUAAACCGUGUGUUUUUUGUACAAAUGUUGUGCAAACAAGUGAAGCCCCCUAAUUGUGAUGUGACAUGAGACAGUUUUCUUUUGUUUUUUUACAUUUGAACCCAGUUCUCAUGUGAUACAAAUAUUGCAUACAAAUGUAAUGUAAAAGUGGAGGAAAUUAACCUUGUCAAAAUCAAGACUUCUUUCCAACUAGUGGCCAGAUUCUGAUGAGAUAUUGUAUGGAUUUUAUUGACCCCCCCCCCAGUAUAAUUUAUACAGAUUUCUGGUGAACCCAUUGAUCUUCAAUAGUAACUGCCAGAUUAUCAGAACAUUAUCAUAACAAGUAUUUAUAGUCAGCUAAUAGUUAUGACUUUGAUGAACCUUGACCUUUAGUCUGGCGCACCAUCCAGCUAAAAUGUUCACAUGUGCAUAAGAUAUAUCAAAUACAAAUGUUGUGAGCCUGUUAAAUACUGUCAAAGAAAAUAAGCAGUGUUUAUUUGACUGACUCGGGACAAACUAAACAAUUGAAGGUCCAUUACUGGUUCAAAGAAGAGCAAAUGUCACCUGUAAUAUGUAAUAUUUUUAGCUUGCAAUGGAUGUUGCUAUUCUCUCUGGGAAACGGCAGCGGGGCUUCGAUCUUGUUUCACUUCUGAAACAAAGUUUGAAUGAUAUCCAACAUCAAAAGUUUUACAAAAAAAAUGACAUCUGUCUAAAGAGCAUAUGCGGUUUGACUUUCACGCGCGGGGUUUCACAUGUGACCUGUAAACUGUGAGGGGAAGAUGAGAGAAAAAUGCCUUUUAUAUUCAACCAGAGACAGCGAUUCAUAUUUGAGCAGGGAAGCUACUGUGUGCGCGUGUGUCUGUGUGUGUGCGUGCUUGCGUGCAUGCAUGCAUGUUUGUGAAUGUGUGUGAGUGCGCCUGUGUGGGUGUGUGCAUGUAAAUUCAGUAUAAGCCCUUGGGCCACACCCACACACCCUCAUGUUAGCCAUUCAGUGAGAAGGAUCCAGUCAGGCAAAGUAACCUCUAUCCAAAUUGAUGUGACUGCAGACUGGCAGUGUUUAUUUUAGUAUUCACUGACUUCUAUGCCUGUUGAACUCGGCUUCAUGGGCAGCAGUCAUGUUUCUGCUUGUGGGGGUGGUGUCUCGAGACAAAGCACGUCCAUAAUUCAUAAUAUUGUCAGCUCUGGAGGCCACUUGUACGCUCCCUCCUUGCUCUUGUUGUCUCUUAACAUAGAAUGCACUUGGCCCCGGGUGUACUGAUGGCAUCUCAAGGCACUCACACACACACACACACACACACAAAAAUACAAAACAGGUCAAAAGUUGUAUAUAUAUAUAUAUAUACACACACACACAUAAACAUACACACACACAUAAACCGGUACACAUGGCACAUUCAGGUCCGCACGGAAACACAGGUGUGUACUUCAUGCACAUUCACAGUUUGCACAUGCACGCAUGCGCUCACAAACACACACACACACACAGACACACACACACAGUUUGCACAAACAAAAGCCCAAACAGCAGUCCUUGUUAUUUCUGCUUCCUCAGAAUCAAUUUGAUGGAUCGAAUGUCUGGAGGUAAUACGACUGACUGAUGGAACCAGGAUACUGAAUGCAGCACAGAAAGGGACACUCUACAUCACCCAGGGGACAUGUGCGCCCCCACACACACAAACACACACACACACACGCACAUGCACAUGCACUCGGAAAUACAAACUCUGCUAUGCAUCGUAACUAUCUGGAUAGCAUAUGCUUACAGACUUUUUCUUCCAUGGGAAUGUGUGACAGUGGUACUGGGAAUCAGGAGAGGUAUAGCAGGCUUGAUUAUGGGCCAGGCCAUUGACAUUCCCUCCACCACCGAUGAAAGUAGCGGCGGAGGUGGAGGACGGGACUCAAGUCUUCCGGCUGUUAAAUUCCUCCAAGCUUUUUGAUUUGCUUUCCGGCAACGGCAAGUCUCAGGUGGCAGAUUCCCCAGUUUAUGAGCCCUCGCGUUGCAUCCCUCCUCUCAUGCGUGCAGCUUUGUGGCCUGACAAACGUGCGCUCUUUCCAACAAAAUGAAUUUUAAGGAGGUUUUGUCAGUUCAGCAGAGCGUGGAGGAGGGAAGUCUUAAAGCACCUCAGAGUGUCAGCGGCACAUCCAGUAUCAUUCUUUAAAACAGUAACCAUCAGCACUAUAUAUUGUCUUAUUAUCAACACUCAGAGGUGCAGUAAACAUGACAUCAUUACAUGGUUAUCCUGCGUUAUAUGAUAGGAGUGUGAAUCUCAUGUAGCCACUAUGUUUUAUGUUCUAUUAAGCAGUUUUAUUUCUGAUUGAAGCUAUUGAGCAGGGCCAUGUGACUUUGGCUCAGGCUUUGUGGCUUGGCCUUGUAUGUAUAGGGGAAUGUGAUGUAUUGUUACUUUUGAGAGAGGAGAUGGAGGGGCGUUACUCAACCUCAAGAAAAGAAAGCAAAGGUACCUGCAUGUCCUAGGAGAUUGAGCAGACGAACGGGAAUGCUUUGCUUUGAUGUAACAUAACUGUAUUCGGCUAAAAAUAAUACGAAAAAAAAAAAGCGUUUGAAAAAAAAAAAAAAGAAGAAAAAAGAAAACCUACAAUUGUAAAUAUAUUCACAGAAGAUUUUAUGAAGCUUUAUUUUGGUCUUUUUCUUCUUUUUGAACUCAUCAUCCAUGUACUUUGCACUUUUUGUUUGUUGUGUGCUAUGCUCAUCACCGGCCUGUGUGGGAUCUGUGUGGUUGGCUGCUCCUCCUGACUGCAUUGUUUGGAUGUCAGGGGGAGACACGCUCAGCGCGGCGUCACUGAAGGGAAAUGUAAGACACUUUUGUUUUCCUUUCUCUCAUCUGUUUUUUCUGCCGUGGCUUCUCUUUGGUUUUUAUUUUAAAAAAACAGUAACGAUUUCUUUUUGUUCGUUCGUUUGAUGAAAACAAUCCAUGUAAAUAUCACAAGUAAAAAAAUGUAUAUU